UCGGAUAAUAAUAAAGAUUCAGACAUUCAGUUCCGUUUCAAUUGUUUUAUUAAAAAUUUGAAAAAGGUCUAGAUGGAUCACCCCUAUAUACUUACCUUUGUGAUAUACACACAUAGAUAAAACGAUUGAUGAUGAAAGCGAUUCAGAGGACUAUGAAUCGGAUGACUUUGAAUUUUUGAAUGACUCACUGGAAUUGCCGGGCCAUUUUCGAUGUGCCAGCCAUACACUGAACCUCCUGUCCACAACGGAUUUUUCACAAAUUAUAAAAAAAUACGAAAGGCUUUAUACGCGCCACAAGCAGUCGUUUAUGCGGUAAAAAUGUGUUACGUUGUGUUGAAAUUAAAUUCUUUUUAUUACUAUUUAGCUGUUCAAAUAUUUGGAAUAAAUGUGGUCGUCCGAAAUCGGCGGAACUAAUAAGAGAUGUGUUGUGUUCAUCACUCAAGACACCAACAGUAACACGCUGGAACUCUCUCUUUGAUAGUGUUCAAAGCCUUCUAAAGCACAAGGACAAGCUAUCGGCUUUAUGCACAACUCUAAAUGUAACGAAAUUUGCAAUGUCCGAUAUUGAGUACUUGGAGAGUUACACUAAGUUAAUGGAGCCUAUCGCAAGUGCCAUCGACUUUUUGCAGGCAGAUCAACAUAUGUACUUCGGCUACUUCAUUGCUGCCCUAAUAUCUUUGAAAAUCAAACUAACUAAAUUUCAAGAAAGCUUUGAAAUACGUGAGCUUGGUUCUGUUUGCAGCGAACUGGUAGAUUGUCUACACAAGAGAUUUCAAAAAUUUUUUGAAGGAGAUGAAGAGGCAAACUUGGCCAUCAUAGCGGCGAUGUCAUGUCCAGCUGUCAAGCUCCGAUUUUUGUCAGUGCUGCAGCGAACAGCACCCCACUUAACUGUGGAUGUUUUAAAAAAUUUAUUUAUUGAGCACGCUGCUCAGUUCAUUCCCAAAUCAACCAACCUAGCGAUACAAACAACAAAAACUUUAGAACCAUCUGACUCGUUUUUGGAGUUUGAAGAUGCAAGCAGUAAGAUAAUGCUUUUACGAUGUAAAUUGAUUUCAACUCUUCCUUUAAUAGUAGGGGUACCCGAAACGACUGAGCAGGAGGAGAUUCGAAGGCAGCUUGAAACUUAUUUGGUAGAUCCUAAUACUUCUCUCAACUGCCUGGAGAAUUACAAAAUUAUUAGGGAGGUGUUCCUUAAAUUUAACACUCCGAUUCCGUCCUCUGCUCCUGUAGAGCGCCUAUUUUCUUUUGCAGGGAUAGUAAACGCUCCCCGCAGAAAGAAUCUGCUUGAUUCGAAUUUUGAAAAACUUGUUCUAAUGAAAGCAAACAAUGUUCAAAGCAAUUAAAGUCUAUUAUCAGCCACAACAAAAAUAAAGGGCCGCAACUGGGGCCAUACUUAAAUUUUUCAUUUCAUAAUUUUUAACUCUUAGAGGAAACAUUAACAGAUUUAAUGCUCAUUAGUUAAGUUCCCGUUAGAGUUAGUUUAAGGAACGUCUCUGAGUGCGGCUGUAUGUAUAUCAAAUAAAUUUUGUACACGUU